GGCGUGUUGCCUAUUUGUUUUUACAUUUAUGAAAUGCGAGAAACGUCAAAAUGUUGAUCAAUCUUUGAUUUUUUGAUUGCAUUCACUCGUUCUUGUCGAUAUUAGCAAGUAAUUAAUAAAAUAUUCCAAACUCAAUUUCUGAUUUUUGUAAAAUGUGCAAUUAAAUAUCUUUUAUUUGACCAGAUAUUCUUAAUUUACAUAAACUAACCUAAAAUUAGUGUUACACAUCUUUUCUACAUUUUAGAACAGCUUAAUUGACAAAUAUUAAAGUCAUUCAAAUUCGACUAGAAUUAAAAUGGACUCAAAAGCUGUCGUAAUUUCUGGCGAAGCCUCAGAAUCUGAUGAUGAGUGUGUGAACGUCAACACAGGAACGAGAUUUUCUGCUUUAUUAGAGAAUAACGCUUGUGGUACAAUAAUAUCAGGAGAAGCUCAAGAGUCUGAUGAUGAUGAGGGAAGCUUAAGUAGCUUAAGCGGCGCAAUUGAUGCCACAGUAUGCCCUUCUUAUACGGAAGCCAAAGUUUCAAAAUCAAGAAAGGAUUACGUAAAAUACAAUAGUUUGCUCCAUUACAAAUUAUAUGAAUGUAAUAUGGCACUAGACAACAAUGUUCAGCGAACGAUUCAGGGUACAAUCACAGCCGGUAUUCAAGAAUUAUCAACUAUCAACCGGCAAUUGCUAAAAAGCGAAUUAAUUCUACAAGAAGCCGCCUGUCAAUUACGGAAUGCGUCAAAUCGAACCGCAAAUGCCUCCAAUUCCUUACUUCAAGUUAUGGAUUUCAACUUUCUGCACUCCAUAAAAAGUUAACUUAUACAUAUAUCGUAAAACGUAGCUUUGCCAUAUAGAUAUCUUAAUUUAAUAACAGCGAUUUUAAAUCACAAAA